UUUGGGUUGCAGUUUGGGCACUCGGUUUCGAAAAGGUUCGCCAUCACUGCCCUAUGAGGUAGGCGGGGCUGAUUGAGUUCUGAGGGAACUGUGAUUAGUCCAAGGAUAUCUUCGGGCAGCUCCACUUUUUUGACACAUUCUGGCUCCUGGCUCCAUCCCAUAAAUGCCACCUUAUAAGUCAUAACAAUUUCUAUUUUAUUUUUGAAAUGACAUACGAAGACCAUGGUCUUCAUGAUGAAUUUGCAGUCUGGUACAGGUAUUCCUGGACUCCUCUUUUCACGUUUGGGUCCACCUGACUUCGUGCAUCUGCCUAUUAAUGCUUAGAAAAAGGAAUCUGUGAUAAAAGCAUUCUAUCAGCAUUUUCCUACACAUUGUAAUUCAUUGUGAAAAUGAUGCAUAAAAUUGUGUCAUUACGUAUUUCCUUUUCUGUAUGUUAUUGGUGAUGCAGUGGGGGAAGAGAAACUAAAUCAGCAGAAGAAAUUCACCCCCUUCCCUUAUACCUAAGUUGGGCUCUGUUUUUCUUCACUUUACCAUCAGGGAAGAUUGAACAAUGUUCCUUGCAGUUCUUUCUGCAGUGUUCAUGAAACUGACUAUUUCAGUCCAUCUAAGCUGGUGGUAUCUAAUGGUUGAUGUCAUACUGUGAUCAUGUUAAGAUAUUAUGCCAUCCAGUCCCUUCCUUUUAGUUCUCCCAUUAUGAGCACCCUAGCAUUUCUCGCAAUAAUUUGUGGAGGAAUGGAGGAACCAACCGCUAAUGGUGCCCCCUUUCUUCGGCCCUGACAUCUGGGCCACCUGUCAUCUAAUGUGACUCGCCAUGCCUCCCUCUUUAAGGGGGGAGGGACUUUUUACUAUAGGAAUGCUGGACACCAUUUUAAUUUGCUGAGCUUUUUAUAUAAUUGGAACAAGAACUGGAAAUUUUUAUCGCUGCUUUAAAUGUUUACUUGUUUUAUAUUGUAUUUUUAUAUGUUGUACACCGCCCAGAGCCCUUCGGGGAUGGGGCGGUAUAAAAAUCUAAUAAAAUAAAUAAAUAAUAAAGUAUCAUAAAUACCUCUGAAGUUUGAUUCGCUGUGGCUGAGAAGUGUGGUUUAUCAGCCAACACUUUACCACAUAGUUUGACCCUUUUGUGAAUUUUCUCUGAUAAAUCUUCAGUAAUAAUUUUUUAAAAUGUUGAGCAUAGCAUGUGAUAGAAGACCUGUGUCUGUAUAGGGUUAAUCAAGGGAAAUCAAGGAAAAAAAUUAGACAGGACAUCUGCUUUCAGUUGCAGCCUGAUCACCUGAUUUACACGAGCAAGUCCUACUGAGUUCAUUGUAUGGAUGUCAUGCUCCAGAAAGUGUGUCUAGCUAAGCUAAAGUAUUUAUUGUGCUACCAGCUACAUGGAUUAUAUAACCAAAGGGGAAUUCCACAGGAUGAGAUAAAGCGGACUUGCCAGGCAGCUUGGCGUGAAGGCCAAGAAAAGAAGAUAAUUAAAAUAUUCUGAGAGAUGCACCCUGCUCCCAUGAGGCCUGAAAUGGAACAACUGAGGGAAAUCUUCCAAUGAACAAUUUUCUAUUUCAGAGUGAAAUACUCUUCUAUAAGAGGACUGAGUGGCUGGCAAAGACAACACAGAACACCCAUAAGCACUUUACAGUAUGGCAGAAAAAAGUUCGGAAACCAAGAAUUUCUUCUGUGUUUUCAUUAUCGCAAUAACUCUUUACCAUGCCAUUCUUCUUUCUGCAGAGAAUAGAUACAUGGUAGACUACUCAAAGAGGUUCCUAGAUGCUGUUCCUAAGAAUCUCCCAGAACAGACAGAGGUGUUGGAUUUGUCACAAAAUAAUAUUUCUGAACUCGGGACUCCUGAUUUUAAUUAUCUUUCCAAAUUGCGCAUACUAAAGCUGACUCAUAAUUUUGUCCGAGACCUCAGCUUCAGUAUUUUCCAAUAUAACAAGAAUUUAGAAUACGUAGAUUUAUCCCACAACCAACUAAGGACCGUUUCAUGUUAUCCUAUUACAAAUCUCAGGCACUUAAAUCUCUCUUACAACAAUUUUCAAUCCAUUCCCAUGUGCUCUGAAUUUGGCAAAAUGGUGAAGCUAGAAUAUCUUGCCUUUAGUGCUAGAAGAAUACAGAAGUCAGAUUUCCGUGUUCUUGCUCUUUUACAACUGGAUUUUCUAUUCUUGGAACUGGAAGACCUCUCUGAAUAUAAAGCUGAAAAUCUACCAGCGUUCAACGCAAAGAACCUUCAGAUCAUCCUCCCAAAAAAUAAAGCAAUCCAAAUUAUCUUGAAUCUAGACCUCACUACUACAGAGGGUUUGGAACUAUCAAAUAUGCAAGAUAACCAUGUCAGUGAUUUGAACACUCUUCUGCAUAAAUUCAGCCAAAAUGGAAGGCUGCGAAACUUAACACUGAGUCAUAUGAAAACAACCUUGAAGAAUCUCGUUGAUGUUUUUCAGAACAUUUGGAAAACCAACGUGGAGCAUUUCAACAUAUAUUACAUAUCAGUUUCACAGUUAAGUUACUCUAUUAGAACUCCUGAUUAUUCUGGAAGUUUACUAAGAUCUUUGACAAUUAAAGAUGCAAUCGUUAAAGAAACAAUAUUUAGCCAAGUUGAUAUAUACAAACUAUUUUCAGACAUGAACGUUUUAGCCCUCACACUUUCCAGUGCAAAUAUUAUACAUAUGGUUUGCCCAUCAAAACCCAGUCGCUUUACCUAUUUAAGUUUUUCUUAUAAUAGUCUCACAGACAAACUUUUUGACGAGUGCAAUAACCUAGCUCUUCUUGAAAUGCUUGUUUUACAUGCAAAUCAAUUUAAAAAACUUACCAAAGUGAGUUUCAUGACCAGCCGCAUGAAGUCUCUGAAAAAUUUGGACAUGAGCCAGAAUUUAUUGCAAUACGAAGCCCAGGAGAAAGGGUGCCGCUGGGGUGAAAAUCUGGUUGAACUGAAUUUGUCAUCGAACCUGUUGUCCGAUUCGGUCUUUCACUGUUUGCCAGUCAACCUUCAAAAGCUUGAUCUACAAAACAACCUAAUUGCCAGCAUCCCCAAAGAGACGGUUGAGCUCAGAGCUUUGGAAGAAUUGAAUCUGGCUUUUAAUCGGCUGUCUGAUCUUCCUGGAUGUGGUCAGUUUAGAAGUCUGAGACUACUGAAUACAGAGAUGAAUUCAAUCGUUGCACCAUCUCCUGAAUUCUACCGUACCUGUCAAAACAUCAGAGAAGUCAAAGCAGAGCACAACCCCUUCAGGUGUUCCUGUGAAAUAAGAGAGUUCGUGGACCUUAGCAAACAAGGGUUAAUGGUCUUGGUUGGCUGGCCUGAGUCUUAUUUGUGUGAAUACCCAGAAGAUGUAAGAGGAAUCCAGUUAGAGGAAUUUCAUGUCCCUGAACUUGUCUGCAACACCACGCUUUUGGUUGCCGUGGUUCUAGUCAUUACAGUGGUCUUUGUGGCUGUCGUUUGUGGCCUGUGCAUCUAUUUGGACAUCCCUUGGUAUCUGAAGAUGAUAUGGCAGUGGACUCAAGUGAAACACAGGAUUUGGAAAAAUAAGCCUGGAAAGAGAUGUUCUUGGAUCAUCUCGAGAUUCCACGCCUUUAUCCUCGCAUAGUGAGCACCGAUCUCGGACUGGGUGAAGAAUGUCUUGAUUCCCAACUUGGAGAAGGAGGAUGGUUCUAUUCAGAUCUGCCAACAUGAGAGGAACUUCAUUGCAGGCAAGAGCAUCGUAGAGAACAUCAUAGACUGCAUUGAGAAAAGUUACAGAUCCCUCUUUGUGUUGUCUCCCAAUUUUGUGCAGAGCGAAUGGUGUCAUUAUGAGCUCUACUUUGCCCAUCACAAGCUAUUCCAAGAAAACGCCAACAACUUAAUCCUGCUCGUGCUAGAACCAAUCCCACCCUACAUCAUUCCCGCAAAGUAUUACAAACUAAAAGCUCUCAUGGCCAAGAGAACCUACUUGGAGUGGCCUGCAGAGAAAAGCAAGCAAGGACUUUUCUGGGCGAAUCUUAGGGCUGCUAUUCAAAUUAAACUUUCACGUAACAAAGGAAUAAAUGAACUGUAGAUGUAAAGUCAAUUUUCAAUUGCAAAAGGCUAUUAAGUGAUGUGAUAAAGUUUUUUUAUUCCAAAGGAACAGAUGUAUUAAAUAAAUUGGAAAACUGUA